UGGUUAACCAUUUACCAGCACACCACUGAGGGCAUUUAGAACCUAGCACAUGGUAAACACUAUGAUAAACGUUCUCAUUAUUUUCCCGUUUGUCCACUGGGUCAGGAUGUAUAGUCUUUUUUUGUGUCUGGGUUGGAAUUUAAAAUGUUUGAAGAUCACAGAAUUACAAAAGGCCAGAGAGUGGCUAAGCUACACCUAUUUAACUCUCCCAAUAAUGCUGUUAAGUCUGUACUAUUGAUUAUCCCCACUUUCCAGACAGGGAAACUGAAGUUCUGAGGCGGUAAAACUCAGGCAGCGCCGCCAUUAUCUGUAGUGCGAUCUGAAAUUGCAGCCGAGCAGCCUCCGCGCGCUCGCUCACUUCAAGAACGCAUUUCUCCUAUCACGUUUAUGUCCCCAGCGGUAAUUUCGCUGCCCUGCACGCGAAAAAUGAAUGGGUGGCAUCGUGCGCGUGGCAUCUUGGGAAAUGUAGUUUACAGGCUCAAUGACAAGCAUGGUCCAAGAAGGGAGGGGCGGGGGAGCAAUUCGAUCUUGGCCUCGGAAUAAAAAGAACAAAGAAUCGCCGGCAGUUUGCGCGUCGCGACGCUUCAGCCACGCAGUGCGUGGAUUCAGCCACUUUGGCCGUGCCGCUUGCAUGCCGGGAAACGCAGUUCGCGAGCCCCGGUUACGUCGACAAUAGAUGACGGGACUCACGUUGUACGUUCACAUCAGGUCCCGGCACGCCGGAGCCUGGGCGGUCCACGAUGGUGAGUUUGCCACGCUGCGACAGCUCAUAGGCUUGUCCCCCGGGCAUUCUGGUGAACUACGAACGCAAACUGAAGCUCUACGACUUGUCGCCCGUUUGCGCUCUCGCCGAGGCACAGGCUGCUCGCGGACCACCCUGCUCCGAAAACUAAGAGGUAGGUGGUAGCCCACUCAUCUGGUUACUGAUACUGGCCAGCAUCAGCUGACUGUCGGCAGGUCCUUGGGCAACUGGUGUGUGAAAUGGGACGGACGUCGAAGGACAAGCGGGAUGUCUACUACCGCCUGGCUAAGGAGAAUGGCUGGCGUGCUCGCAGCGCCUUCAAACUGCUACAGCUGGAUAAGGAAUUCCAACUCUUCCAAGGCGUGACACGGGCAGUUGACCUGUGUGCAGCCCCGGGCAGCUGGAGCCAGGUGCUGAGCCAGAAGAUUGGGGGCCAAGGGUCCGGCCACGUGGUGGCUGUGGACCUGCAGGCUAUGGCUCCACUACCAGGUGUGGUACAGAUCCAGGGGGACAUCACCCAGCUGUCCACUGCCAAGGAGAUCAUCCAGCACUUUAAGGGCUGCCCUGCGGACCUAGUGGUGUGUGACGGGGCUCCUGAUGUAACCGGCCUCCAUGAUGUUGAUGAGUAUAUGCAGGCCCAGCUUCUCCUAGCUGCUCUGAACAUUGCUACACAUGUCCUGAAGCCAGGGGGCUGCUUUGUGGCCAAGAUAUUCCGAGGCCGGGAUGUGACGCUCCUCUACAGCCAGCUGCGAGUCUUCUUCUCCAGCGUGCUGUGUGCCAAGCCCAGGAGCAGCCGGAACUCCAGCAUCGAGGCCUUCGCUGUCUGUCAAGGCUAUGACCCUCCCGAGGGCUUCAUCCCGGACCUGAGCAAACCCCUGCUGGACCAUUCUUACGACCCAGAUUUCAACCAGCUGGAUGGUCCCACCCGCAUCAUUGUACCUUUUGUGACUUGUGGGGACCUGAGCUCCUAUGAUUCGGACCGCAGUUACCCACUGGACCUAGAGGACGGCUCAAAGUACAAGUACACUCCACCCACACAGCCCCCCAUCUCGCCACCAUACCAGGAGGCCUGCACGUUGAAGAAGAAGGGGCAGCUGGCCAAGGAGAUCCGCCCCCAGGACUGCCCCAUCAGCAGAGUAGACACGCUUCCCCAGCCCCUGGUCGCCCCUCAGCGCCACAGCCUGCUGGCCCCUGAGAUGGAAGACAAUGAAAUGAGUUGUUCACCUUAACCCAUUACGCUGGCAAGCUGAUACAACUCAGAAACUGCUCAGUGUCAGGAAAACCAGAACUUGUUGAUGAACUUGUUUUCAAAAUAUCAUCUCAUCAACGAGGCCUGGACAAACAAGCCCUGAGGAGGGAUCUGCAACAACCCUGAAGACAACAAGGAAAGAAAGCAUAGACGUCUCUCCGCACUGCAGUGGGAAUUCUUGAGGGAGGUCUUACCUCUUCUUUAAACCUCUUCAGGAGUGUCCUGAUUAUAUCCAGAAAUUUCCCUAAAGGCAGGGAUUCUUAACCUGGAUAGAAGCCAGGGGUAACCAUAAACUUGAUGGAAGAAAAUGUUACAUCUUUAUUUUCAGCAAUAAAACAACGUUAGCCUUACUCCCAAGUUAUAAAUGCUGGCAACAAAUCACAAUAGUAAAAGCAGUACCUGGGAUUUUCCCACCAAUACAAACCAGUUACAACAACUGUAAUGUAGCAUAAAAAGGGUAUCUUGAAGUAUUGUUCAUAUUUGUCACCUCUUGGAAUGAUAGCAGAUCCUAUAAGUUGAUGUAUUAAUUAAAAAGCCCAUAUAUGACUGCAGCUCAAUUUUGUUUCAAUUUAAUAUAUAGUAAUAAUUGUAAUUCAA